AUGCCUAAAGCAACUAGGGGACCCGGGCCAGGCCAACUACGGCCACACUCGCGAUCUUCAUCCAGCAGCAAGCUAGGCGCCAAUCUCCAGUUCACCCAGAAGGACAACACAUCCCUUAAGAACGCCGAUAAAUCCAAGAAGGCGGUAUACACUCAUGAAGCACAUCCAACCAAACCCAGCUUUGCGAGAGUAAAUAGCAGUCAGCGGAUCCAUUCGAGAGAGCAAUUGGCACAAGCGUCAAAGCGGUCAGCAUAUCCCCAGCAUCAGACGCACCAUCAACAACAACAGCCGCUUCCCAAGGCCACAAACGCCAAAGGUUUCUCUCUCGCCAACGACAACGCAGAUGACGAUGACGAGUGGGAGUCCAGCAACAGUGGCGUAGGAACUCCUAAUCAUCGAGAGUCUGACUCGAGCGAUACUGCAUCAGAGGCAGAGGCCCUUGACCAAGCGAUCCUAAAUUUGCAGAUUGCAGCUCAGCUCCAUCCUCCCAAAGCUGAACAACCUCCCCCUCCUUCUCCUCCCCAGCCAGUUGAUUCCACGCUUCCCCGUAUCGCAACUGCCCGCCCAGCCGAUUUCGAAACACAUGCAAUUUUAGAGCGCAAUGCAAUGAGACCUAUUACCCCACCUAAACAACCCCAAUCACAACAACAAGCUCAAUUGCCGCCAUUAGCGAUGCCUCUCCCGCCCCAACCGCAGGUCCAAGUACGGCGGUCUGACCAAGAUAUCCGUCGAGACGCUGCCAGCGAUUCCUCAGAUUCACGACAGAGCUCUCGCCCAAAGCGACCCUCACGUCCGCCUUCAACUCACUCUAACCAAAGCAGGCAAGAACCAUUACGUCCCCACCCUUUGAUACGUGGAUUAUCGCAUGGAACCGUUGCUUCUGUGCUACCCAAACCCUCUCCACUCGCCCCACUUACAGUUGUACCCCACACUGCACCCCAAUUAUCAUCUUCACCUGUCAGCAGCAUACAUGACAACAACCACAAACCCUUCCUUUCUUCUUCUCCAACAAGCGUUAAAACCUCUUCGGGAUCUCCAGUAUCAGUUGAUCGCCAUCCAUUCCCUCUAGACCGACGUACUUCAUUUUCAUCUGCAAGAUCCGUGAACACUAUCCCCGUACACCCAACCCUGAUCAGAGAGUCCCCUUGGGCUCAUGACCGGUCCCGUACACUUUCUACAAUGUCUUCUUCAUCAUCCGCCGCUUUGUCCGCCUUGUCUCAUCUUCCGACAGUAACCCGCCCUCCGUCUCCUCAAACGGUCGCAUUCUUUCCUCCUAUCAACCCACACGCCAAUGUGGAAGGGAUUCACCCACUUCUUCCGACACCAUAUCUGCAAAACCAUCUCACUGUGCUAGCAAGACGGACUCCGAUCAGAGAGUCGUUCGACCGUGUCAUUCAGGCCAAGAACCAAAACAGACGGUAG